AUGUUUGAGUCGUGCAAAAUCGGUUGUGCUAGCCCCGAAAAACGUCUGGUGCAUAAUGUUGUUGGAAUAUCGCUGUGGAAAACGACGCCGACUGAAAGGCAUAACGGCUUUCAUGGUAUGCUAGCUAUCUUACCCAUAAUAUUGGUUAUAGAAAACAUUCUAGUUAUCGCAGCUCUUUCUACAUUAUACGAAGUGAGACAUGGACAAUUUCAAACCUACUGCAGGUUCAUGGAUGUUAUCGUCUCAGUAUGCCAUGUUUUCAUAAUCAGCAUAUCUGCUGAAAGAGCAACUAGAGCAGGUGUUGAGAUAGUUUCAACGUUAUACGAGAUUCAACAUAAGAUUGGCAGUUUUAACUGUCAGCACAACAACUACGAUAUAGCGAAGAACGAGAUUAUGAAUACCAUCAAGUUGAUCUUAAACAACCGUCCAAUUUUCACAGCUGCUGGCCUGUUCAACAUUAAUGCUAAGCUGUUGCUGACGUUGCUAAUUCAAUAUAUCAACAGACUGAUGGCUUUAACUACUCUGCAAUGUAUACUUCUUACGUUCGGCAUAUUAGGAGGUGUUCAUCUACUGAUUGCAAUUCUCCAGGACUUAGAAGACUCUAACGGAGACAGCAAAGAUGUUUUGAGAGACAUAACCAGGCAAGGGUUCAUGCAAAUUAGCAAGAUGUUGCCACCGCGAAAACUUAAAACGUUAACGAUCGGGAAGAAGAUUGAAAUUUUAAAAAAAGUGGAGAAUGGUGCUCGAAGAAAGAUUAUUUGCCAAGAAUAUGGCAUUCCAAAAAGUACGUUAUCCACUAUAAUGAAAAACAAAAAGACUAUAGUGCAGUUUGGUUCCGAAGUAGCUAACCCAGGUGAAGUGAAGCGAAACACGGCUUCGAAGACAGUAAACACUGCAUUAAUUAAGUGGUUUGAAACUUUAAGAAAAGCAAGUUUGCCCAUCUCAGGGCCCAUUGCCCAAGCAAGCUCGAGAUGGCUGGACAGAUUUAAAAAGAGACAUGGCAUAUUACAAAAGAAGCAUGUGGUGAAAGUGCUGCCGUGGACCGAAAAGUGUAAUAACUGGAUCAAAGAUACCCUUCCGGCUCUUUUAACCGCUACAAAACAGACGAUAUUUUUAACGCAGAUGAGACUGGUUUAUUUUUUAAAUGUGUACCAGGCAAAAGCUUAA